AUUUUAAAUUUUACUCUUUCAAUAAGAUACUUGGUUUUAAUUUUUCCAUUUUGUCUCACGGCAGAUUCAAUAUCCGAUUAACACAAAACCAUUAAUCCUGCAGUUCACAGCAGCAUUCCACAAUGAUAGGGCAAUCUUAUAUACCAACUCUUUUUAUUCUUCAUGUAGUUUCAUAUUCUUUUUCUUGCUAUGAAUUUUUGUAGGACAUGAAAGAAGUGCCCUCUUUUUACAACCAACAAUGGGCAUCGUAAUACCCUCAGUUUGUCAACUUCAUAUAUAAUGGAACAACAUACCAGUUCAGGCUAAGACAACAUUGGCAAAAAGUCUACUUUGCGGAUGGGCUGAACGAUGAAGGAUCAAAUCAGUUUUGAUGCCUCUUGGCCAAAGCAGUUCACAACUUUCAGGAUCCACUCAGUUAUCAUCAAAGGAUGCAUUUCUUUCAAAGGCUGAAGCAAAAAGCAUUUCCCAGAUUAAUGCCAUUUCGGAGGAAAUUGUUUGUGUUACUGUGGGCACGAUUACAAAGAUAAUGAUGGAUAAUCAUUCAUGGUGUUAUCCAGCUUGUAGUCAAUGCCACAAAAAAAUUGACAUAGGUGUUGUGCCAUUCACAUGUGGAUGUGGGAAACACAAUGAUCAACCUGUCUUAAGGUAUCAAGUUGAAGUGAUGAUUAAAGACAAAGACGAAGAUACAAAAUUUUUAGCCUGGGACCGUGAAUGUGUAGAGUUGAUUGGUCAAUCAACCAAUGAAGUUAACAACCUAAAAAUGGGAGGUGGUGACGUUGAUUUAAACGCUUCUCCUCAAGCACUUGAUAGGCUACUGGGUUGUGUACUUGCAUUUAAAGUCAAGGUCCAGUCAAAGUUCAGCAAUGUUAUUGUUCUUAAAUAUUCAAAUGAAUUAGAUUUGAUCAAUGUUGUGCAGGAUAUGUUGCCUGAUACUGAGCCAUGUUCCAAGAUCAAUAGUCUAAUCGUUGAGUCCAGGGUUCCUACACAAGUUGAAUCUUAAUCUGUGUCUGUGAUAGCAGAUCAUGACCCACUUCUAAGGGUUCCAUUAACACCCACAAAGCGUCUAUCAGCUGAUGAAUUGGAUGAUGAACCAAGAAGUUUUGAAAUUUCGCCUGUGCAACUUUCCUCUAACAAAUUAGCAAGACCUUCUCCAACUAAAUGAAUUUGCCUGCUUUCAAGUUAUCUUUGACAUUUUAAUUUCAUGCUUACCCUCGGAUGGGUUGCACUGUGCAAAACCCCUUUUGUUUAUCAUGUUCCAAUUUACAUGUUUUCUCUAAAACAUUUUCAAUAGCCAACAUCAUUUUGCCAUAUGUCAUUAAAAAAUUUUAGGGUAUUCUGAUCUUGGUGACCAACUCAUGCAAUGUAGCCAUUGUAAUUCAAAUGUGUGGUAUAAUGAAAGAAUCUCGACAUAAAAAUACUUCAAA